GAGGCUCAGCCAAGACACUUGAGGCCAUGCUGGCUGUUUACUAACCUGAGACAGAGAGCCUGCAGCUGCACAAAUCGGCGUGAUCAAGGCCCUGCAUAUCCUAUAGAGGCAGCCAGAGAAGCAACAACUGGAAGUAGAUGUCCCCGGUUUAACAGUGAAUAUGUCUGAAGGGUCUCCAAGGUGUCGUGGUCUUGUCUCUUAGUGCUACCCGGAAGCAGGCAAGGACCGUGCGAAGAACAUUGGGGCAGCAACGCAACUGAGAUGCCGGAGCUCUGAGGAGGGUUGAGAGGCAAGGCGUCCAGAGCAAAAGGUCAUGGGAUGUGGCUUCACAAAAUCCGAGCAGCAGCAACAGCAGCUGAAGAAAUGCAAACGAGCCAGCAUAUCAGUUCCAGCUGCUACAGGUGAGUAUUCUGAACUCUCAUCUCUACUGUAGUCAAAGAACAACUUGAGAAAUAUCAAUAUUAUAUCAUGUCAUCAUAUCUGAUCAAUAAUGUCUGUCAUUCUAGUUAAUGGAUCUGUACCCAUUCUGCACCCAGAGCAGUUUCCCUCCAUCCCUCAUCCCUCUUGUACUUUUAACCCUCAAUUCCGUCAUCCCUUCAUAUUGACCUACCCUGCCCUCAGCCAUAAGGUCAGCCCUGCUGAUCCAGCGCUGGUACCGUCAGUACGUGGCCCGGCUGGAGAUGAGGCGCAGAUGCACCUGGAACAUCUUCCAGUCCAUCGAGUACGCAGGCGAGCAGGACCAGAUCAAGCUGUAUAAUUUCUUUGGCUACCUCAUGGACCACUUCACCCCAGCCAGCAGUGAGAGAAAUCUCAUCUCGCACAUCUUCCGUGAAAACGACAUUUGUCGUGACGUGGAGUGGGAGAGAUACUUCUGCUACAAGAGCAUUGAGAUUCCUGAUAUCUACAGCGGCCCAAACCUCACCUUCCCUAUGACCUUCUCCAACGCAGCAGAGCUGGUAGAAGCAUUCCAGAACCACCAACAGCUCCAUUCUCGAUACGUCCUUCAGCUUCUUGGGGAAACCUGGAGGCUUCUUCGAAUCCUCCCCAACAUAAAUCAGGUCUCCACCUGCAAAAGCAGGGAGAUCACCAUCUGUGGAGACUUACAUGGGCAUCUUGAUGAUCUGUUGCUGGUCUUUUAUAAGAACGGUCUGCCAUCGUCUGAGACGCCCUACGUUUUCAAUGGAGACUUUGUAGACCGAGGCAAAGACUCCCUUGAGAUUCUCCUCAUCCUCUUCGCUUUCCUCCUGGUGUAUCCCAAUGAUGUCUUCCUGAAUCGGGGCAACCAUGAAGAUCACAUCGUUAACCUGAGAUAUGGCUUCACCAAAGAAGUUCUGGGGAAAUACAGGGUUCACGGUAAGAAGAUUCUGAAGCUUCUCCAGAAGAUCUUCAGUUGGUUGCCGCUGGCAACGGUGAUCGAUCAGAAGGUGUUGAUUCUGCAUGGAGGCAUCUCUGACACCACAGAUCUUCAUCUCGUCGCCCGCGUGGACCGACACAAAUAUGUUUCAACUCUCCGGCCUCCCAAGAAGAGGAUAUCCGGCACCAAAGGUCAAGGGCCGGACUCUUAUAUGGAGGAUGAAGGCGACCUCCCCAGGAACGCCGAUGGCCGUCGACGGGUCCGCUCCCUGACCCACUGCACCUCCACUCCGACCUACAGGCCUGACCUGCAGCGCCGCUCCCUGCAGACCACCUCCCCUCGCAUCAGCGUGGAAAGGGAGCUCAAGGAGAGACGGCGGCAGGCCGGAUUCAACCAGUCCUACGGCGAUCUCCGGAGCUCCUUCCUCUCAGAGUCCGACUCCGAUUCCGGAGAGGCUGUGGAGACGGACGGGGACGAGUGGAAGCAGAUCGUGGACCUGCUGUGGAGUGACCCCAUGCCCCAGGACGGCUGCAUCCCCAACAAAGUGCGCGGCGGAGGGUGCUACUGGGGUCCCGACGUGACCGAGAAGGUCCUGGGGAGACACAACCUGCAGCUCCUCAUACGCUCCCACGAGUGCAAGCAGGACGGCUACGAGUUCUGCCACAACCGCAGGGUUCUAACCAUUUUCUCAGCAUCAAACUACUACGAGUUGGGCAGUAACAGAGGAGCCUACAUCCGACUGGGCCCAGACCUCACGCCCCACUUCAUCCAGUACCAGGCUAGCAACACCACACGGGAGUUCACAAUGAGGCAAAGUGUCGGGAGGACGGAGCGCUCUGCUCUUCGGGCUCUGAGGGAGCAGCUGUUUGCACAUAAGUCAACCCUCAUCAGCGCCUUCCAGGAAUACGACCCCGACAACACAGGGUUGAUAUCUCUGAAGCACUGGGCCAGUGCCCUGGAGGGGGUGUUGAGGCUGGGUCUACCCUGGAGGGUGCUUCGCUCUCAGCUGGUCCCCAGUGCUCUGGAUGGCAUGCUGGACUACAACCAGUGGCUUGGGGAGCUCGCCAUCACGGAGCCAAAAAAAGAAGUCCUCAAUGCAAGUCUGCUGGAGACCAUGUACAAGCACCACUCCAAUCUGGAGACCAUCUUUAGAAUCAUAGACACAGACAACUCAGGUCUCAUCUCAUUUGAGGAGUUCCGUCAGACUUGGAAGCUUCUGAGUUCCCACCUGAAGACCAACAUCUCUGACGAGGCGAUCUCAGACCUGGCCCUCAGCAUCGACUUCAACAAAGACGGCAGCAUAGACAUCAACGAGUUCAUGGAGGCGUUCCGUCUGGUUGAGGGCACCGGCCUAGAAGAGGAGGGGCAGUGAUCUCCUGCACCCUGAACACCCCACAGUAGUUGGGGUCUCCACUCAGAUGUCCACACUGACUGUUUUUACAUUUGGUUUGCUAAUUCCACAAAGAAAUACUAAAAUGGCCCGGAUAUAUUAUUGGCACCUUCUAGUAGUUCGAUUUCAAGCAGGGGAUUUCUGAUAUACUUUGGAAUUGAACUCUCCUGUGGUGAAUUGAAGAUGCUUGCUAUAUGAAAACAUGCAUUCAAACAGUUUUAAUAGUGAAAAGGAUUCUCCUGUUUUGUGUCAGUGUGUGUAACACAAAGAGCGUGGACAAAAGAAAGACCAAAGAAUUAUAUAAGGAAGUCUCACAAGAUGGCUGCCUCAACAUGGACAAUAUUCAGGCUACAAGCCUCUGAAGACCUUGACUUGUUUGCACUGUGAAUAAUGUUAUCAAGAAGUUUAAGGUUCAUGCCACUGUUGCCAACCUAACUGAACAUGGCCGCAAGAAAAAACUUGAUGGAAGAUUGUAGCAAAAGACAAAUGGCAGAGAAAACAC